AAGAAAGAAGAUGGAUUUGACUAACAUAGGUUUUGAUCCCUCAAUGCUGAUGGCUCUCCAGGACAUGCUAGACAUGUACGAGGAGCCGGUGCCGCACGCCACAUCAAGAACCUACGUGAGAGAUGGGAAGGCCAUGGCGGCAACCCAAGCGGACGUCAAGGAGUACCCAAAUGCAUACGUGUUCUUGGUGGACAUGCCGGGGCUCAAGGCCUAUAAAAUCAAGGUCCACAUUGAGGACGAGAACGUGCUGGUGGUCUACGGAGAGAGGAAGCAGGACAAGGAUGAAAAGGAUAAGAAAGAAAUGGUGAAGUACCUGAAGAUCGAGAGGAGGUUUGGUAAGUUUCUAAAGAGGUUUGUGUUGGCUAAAAAUGUAGACAUGGAUACCAUAUCCGCCAUCUACCAGGAUGGUGUGCUGACCGUUACUGUGGAGAAGAAGUAUCUGCCGGAGACCAAGCCAUGCAAGAGGAUUGAGGUCCGAGUUGGCAAAUAACCACAUGUACUUCAUCAUCUCAUAUGUAGACAUGGCUUCAAGCUCUGCGUGCGCUUUUCCUUUUUGGGUUUGUUUUAAGGCCGUUGGAUCCCCUUUUUCUUAGAAGUUUGUUUUGAUGCGGUUGGGGUCUGGUUGUCCCUUUGGACUUUGGAGUAUGUAUAAUAUCACUGUAAGAUAUCAUAAAUAAAUAAAUAAAUAAAAUAAAGUUGGAGUA